AUUGAGGCGCAACCAUAAACUGAUAAACGAAAUCGAGAAAGAAAUAUGAAGAGAAAAAAAAUUGCACAGCAGCCGGAGAAUUGGGAGAUGAAGAUCGAGAGAGUGAUGUUCGAAUACAACAGGAUGAAAUCGGAAAUGGGUUAGCUUCUGAAUUGGAAUCGAGAAGAGAUGAUGAUGUUAGUGUGGAGAAGAAUUGAGUUGUUGCUGCUCUCUGUGUUCGAAUGAGAAGAUGUGGAGAUGGGUUUGGUGUUCUUGAGAGAAUCAUAAAUGGAAUCAAUGAUUGAGCUACUGAGAACAGGGUUUUGAAAUGGAUCUGAAGCUGCUGCUGUUGAUGGAUUCAUGAUUAUGGUCUGUAGCUGAGAUUGAAAAGAAGAAGAUGGACUCGAGUCUGUAAUUGUGGUGAUUGAAAAUGGGUUAAACUCGGAUUCAAGUUCGUAGAUCGAUCGACAUGUUGGGUUUGAAGAAUUUAUGGGUUCUGGUGGUUCUUUACUAUGAAUGAUGGGUUCGAAUUUGUGUUUCCAUUUGAGAAGCUGAGAAAGGUGAAUAUGGGAAUUGAAGGAGGAACCGGAUCCGUUGUUGUACUUGAAGGGUUAUGAUUCGAAUUAGAAGAAGAAUUAAAUGGGGCUGUGGAUCUGGUUUGUGUUGGCUGAGAUGGUUAUACUGCAGUUGAAGGAAUUAUUGGUUCGAGAGAUGAUGCAGUGGAUGAGAAGACCUUGCUGUGAAGAACAGAUGAGGAUGAGUUUGCGCCGCUGCUGCUUGAAUUACAGGGAAUGAUGGACUGAUGCUUGAGAAUCAGAUGUAUGUUUAGGAUACAGGUACUGCAGGAAUGAAGAUAUCGGCCUGAAAUUGGCUGAGAAAUGCCCGGAAAACAGAGGAGAGACCGUUGGAUUUUCUACUCCGGCGAGUCAACUCAGAUUCAGAUGACCGAUCCAGUCUUAUAAUUCAACUGAGUAAGAUCUAGUAAGACCGAGUCAGAUAGCUAACUCGGCUGAUUCACCCUUUCUCCCUUGACCGUUGACUGACGGUUAACGAUAUUGACUGUUACUUAUAACGGCACCAUAACAGAUUAUUCCGUUACAGGCGACAGAGCUCAGGCGGCCGUCAGUGAUUUCCGGUCGACUUCCGGUGGUACCAGGAUUUUCACGGCGACCCAAUUAAUGAAGAAUUUUCUAGACUCAUCUAGACUUAUGGGUUUGAAGAAUUGGGCUUGGAUUUGGAAAGAGAAGAUGGAGGAUUUGAGAAAGACUUGAACUUGGAAAUUGAAUUGCUAAAGGAAAGGGAUUCUAUUCCCAAGAGGAUUGGAAGCAAAUUGAAGCCUAUACAUAGAGAAGCUACGUUGAUUUCUGGCGUGAGAAACUUGAGAGUUUACAUAAGUUCACAAUGGAUAUUAAGUCCCCGAUACGAAAGUUUCCUUCUGCUGAUGUGAUUUCUGACCGGCCAAGAUUGAAGUAUCUCUCCAAUGGUGAUAAAAGAAAGACAUCUCCAAAAUGCUCACAGAGUCACAGGAUGGACGCAUCGUGAGAUAUCGGAUCCAUGAAGACUUCUCAGAGGUGCAAGACAGUCCCCAAGGUGGAGAAGAUAUAAGUAAGGUGAAGUACGGAAUGAUAUCGAAUGAUGUGCAGUCCCCAGCCGCUUCCUUGGAAUCCAACGCUGACGGGAAAGUCGAUGAGGAAAUUGUUGUGGACAAGCAACAUGUUGAUGAAGCACACUCUUCUUUGAGGCAUAGGUAUAAGGAGAAUUAUCAAAACCCGGAACCGAAGGGAGAUAGCGGCGUCGCUAAUGAUGAUUUCGACAUUGCUGAGCCUUCAAAUGAUUUAGAAACUCCCCAAGUACCAAACGUCGAAGUUGGGAAUAACGGAGCAAAUAAUGAUGAUUCGAUCAACUUCGAUGUUAGAGCAUAGCUCGGUUGAACCCACCAAGUGUUGGUGGGGAAAACGAUUUGCUGGUUUUUAUGGAAUUGAGGAGAUGACCGUGCGGAGACUCCUUGAACCGAGCAAAUG